AUGGCUAGUGUUGCGAUGUGUCAGGUGUCUCGUCCUGCGAAAUUGCAGCGCCAGCCGUGCCUCAGUGUGACCCCGUGCGCAUAGGACGCUGGUUCGUUGUCAGGACACCACUGUUACUCGCAGACAAUUAGUUAUAGUAAUGCAACAUCACGCAAGCUACGUUCGUUAUUGCAUCUGAUAAGGUGCAUAGCUGAGCUGGAUUUUGUCAACAAAGCGGAAGGGAACGACAUGAGCAAACUUCUGCAGCUGGUCAAACUGUGUGAGUGGAAGAAUUAAAUUCCAGCAACCAUCUUCAUAAAAAUCGCUACAUUGCGAAUCAACCGUUUGCGGAGCUGAUGCAAAAAUUGGGUUCUGAAAACAUUCACAAUGGCAGCCGCCAAAGAGGUGCAAGAGGCUGCUGCUACGGAUGCUGGGGAAGGGACCACGGUGACUCUGGUGGCCGGGGACACGCGGCUGGUGGCGGACAGGGCCGUCCUGGCAGGCAGGAGCCCCGUGUUCGCCGCCAUGCUCUGCCAGGACACGCCGGAGGCCAGCAGCAGUGUGGUCACAGUCCCCGACGUGGAGGGCCCGGUGCUGCACCAGCUGCUGGCCUACAUGAACUCCCUCCGUGCUCCCGAGAUGCCCCGCAUGGCCCCACAACUCCUGGCAGCUGCCGACAGGUACGGCGUGUGGGGGCUGAAGGUCCAGUGUGAGGAGCAGCUGGCCAGUCAGCUGUCAGCAGAGAACGCGGCGCGCACGGCGGUGCUGGCAGUGAGGCACUCCUGUCCCAGCCUCGCUGAGGUCGCUGUCGCCUUCAUAAAAGCCAACUCGCUGGUGUUUGCCACAGCGGGUUGGGCCGAUGCGGUCCUCAACCACCCUGAUGAGGUGGUCAAAGUGAGUCAGUUGCUCGGUGGGCCACUAACAGAAACCAGGAGCCUUCCUGGAAAGGAGAGUAGCUGAGGACUGAUCCAGGCAGCUAAGGAGGGGGCGGUGGAGCAGCUCAGGAUGCUUCUCGCGAGAGGGGCGAAAGUGGGGGUGAGGGACGAGGACAUGUGGACUGCUCUGCACUGGGCAGCUGAGAGGGGACACCUGGAAGC